GUGAUUUAGGUUUUGCAUCUACAGUAACAAAAUCGAAAAGCCAUUACCUAUCAAAGAAAGGAACUGAUGCUUACUUCGCUCCUGAGGUAGAAAAGGGAUAAUCCAGAAUUCAGUCGGACAUCUUUUCUCUAGGACUAGUUUUACUUGAGCUAGAUAAUCUGAAUGUGCUAAAUGAUAAUUGGAUUGACUUGGAUACAAAGGCAGAAAUUCAUAAAGGAAAAGCAAUAGCUUCGAAAUAUUAGAUUGAUAGAAAGUCUAAUAUUUAUAAAAUAGCUGAGAUUUGCUUAAAACCAAAUUAUUUAGAAAGGAAAAGUUCAGGAGACCUACUUUAUGAGCUUAUUAAUCUUCAUGGAUAACCACUGAAAUUCAUACUCAGGUCUAUGAUAUUAAAAGAACAAAUUCCGUAGUAAUCAUAAUAUAUGGCACAGAUAUUGCUUGAUAACACAGAUUAAAAAAUAAAGAAAAAAGAUACUGAAAAACAAUUUGUAAAUAAAGAAAUACUAUCUAAACUAUUACAAAGUCUAUUUGAAAAUAAUAAAUAUGUAAAUAAUUUCCAAAUUCUUAAUUUUGGAAGCUUUGGUAUGGUAUUAUCUACUAAAAAAGUUAACUUGAACAACAAGGAAAUAGCAUUAAAAAUACAAAAGAUUGUAAAUGAUUAAGAAAUUUAAAAUGAAAUUAGAAUAAUGUAAUAGUUGAAAACUCCAUUAGUAGUCUAGCUAUAUGACCAUUAUGUCAUAGAAAAAGCUACAGCACCUGAAAAAUAUGUAGUUUUCGAAUUAGAAAAGUGUUCAUGUUCACUCUAAGAUUAUCUCGAAAGAUAAACAAAAGAAGGAGAAUUUAGUGAUGAAUAAAAACUGAAUAUUGCACUCUAAAUAAUUGACUCUGUCAAUUAUAUUCAUUGUUUCAAUAUUAUUCAUAGAGAUAUUAAACCUGAAAAUUUUUUGGUUUGUUUGGAUGGCAAUCAACUUGAAAUCAAACUGUGCGAUUUUGGAUUAUCAGUUUAACUUGGAAAAGAUUGUGAAUAAAUUGAAGUAUAAUGUAUGGUAGGAAAUAUGACGUACAGUGCACCUGAAAUUAUAGCUAAAGAAGAUGAUUAAAAUAAAAUAUAUUCUAAAAAAUCUGAUUCUUACUCAGUUGGAUUACUAUUAUCUUUGCUUGACAAUUACUUAAUUUUGAAUGAAAUAGUAGGAAUUACAUUCCCAAGUAUGGCUUUUGAAUAAUAUAAUGAGCCAUUCUAAAACAUAAAUAUUAAGCGAAACACUGAAAUAUUUGAAUUUAUUAAACUCUUAGUUGUCUGGGAAAGAGUAAACAGAGCUUCUCUUUCUACUAUUGUUGAAUAAAAUACAAACUAAUUCAAAUCAAACUAAAAUAAGAUGAAAUCAAUUUUAUCAAAGCAUUAUUUAGGUCCUAUAUAAAAUGUUGAGACUGUAAAUAUCGGAUCUGUUGCACCGUUAAUUUCUUAAAAUUAGAUUCCUAUUUAAGACAUCAAGUAAAUAAAGAUAAAUAGGAUGAAUGACUUACAUAAAAUUACAGAAUUUCAAGUUGUCGAAAUAGAUUUAUCAGAGAAUAAAAUUGGUGCAGAGGGUGCAAAAGAUUUAGGCACAGGAAUAGCCUAGUGCAAGAAUAUCACAACUUUGACACUUAACUUAAUCUAAUUAAGCCAGCUUGUCAUUUACUAACUUGCUUAUUUAUUUAUUUACUAACCAAAUAAAAUAUAACGAAUUUCUUUACUUACUCAUCACAACACAACUAAAAUACUAACGAAAGCCAUAGUUUUUUACCAUCCUUUCUCCUCCAUAUUUAUUUAAUUCGUUAUUUAUUCUUAUAUUUCAAGUUGGAACAAUAUUGGUGAUGGGGGUGCAAAAGAUUUAGGCACAGGAAUAGCCUAGUGCAAGAAUAUCACAACUUUGACGCUCGAUUUAAA